AUGUUGUUGACAGAAUAUCCGGAAGGGAACCCUUUGAUAGAGGGUGUGCUUAAUCGUUACGCGGUUGGCGAUCUCUUGUCGGGAAAUUGCACUUCCUCCAAAUCGUAUCCGCAGCCGUUGAUGACGUGGUACGUCAAUGGCAUUCAGGCGAGCAAUAAUCAAAUGGAGAAUUAUCCCGUGUUGGUCAAUCCUGAAGGCCCUUUAUAUUCAAAAGCGGUAGGCAUUCGAUUUAAGGUGGAGAAAGAUCAUUUUCAAGGACCCAAUGAAGAGCUGGAUUUAACUUGUGAAGCAAGCCUCAUACAAGAACAAUUGAAAUGGCGAAAAAUGAUAGUUAUUCAAUCACUCACACAGUCAUAUACAGAAAAUAUGUUUCUAGAGAAGUACAGAAAUAACAUAAAUACAAUAAAUCCUGGGAAACAUAUAUCGACUCUGGUAGCGCUUUUUGUAGCAUCAUUCACACAUAUGAUAGUACACGAGACGUGA